CACUAUCUAGCUGUGUUUCGGCCAGGGAUGUGUUCAUGUCGCUGCGCUUAUUUGAUUUAAUCAAAGCGUAAUCAGCGUAUUUAUUUUGCCCCUCUUAUUUUCAUCAUCGAGACACAUUGGUGCAGCUGCACCGUCCAAAUUACAAAACCGAAGAUGACGUCUAAACUGAAAGUUGGGAAGGUCGGCUCCAAGAAUAAAGAGGAUGCUCCUUAUGAGUUGGAGAGCCAGUUUAUCCUCAGGCUUCCUACGGAGUACGCCUCAACAGUAAGAAGGAUUGCCCAGUCUAGCAGUAUGAACAUGAAAGACAGACUCACCAUUGAGUUGCACCCCGAUGGUCGUCAUGGCAUAGUGAGAGUAGACCGUGUCCCCUUGGCCUGCAAACUGGUGGAUCUGCCCUGCAUGAUUGAGUCUAUGAAAACAGUGGACAAGAAGACAUUUUACAAGACUGCUGAUGUCUGCCAGAUGCUGGUAUGUACACUAGAUGGAGACCUUUACCCUCCUUUAGAGGAGCCAACUGGCACUGACCCCAAGAGCAAGAAGAAGGACAAAGACAAGGACAAGAAAUUUGUUUGGAACCACGGCAUCACCUGCCCUCUGAAGAACACGCGCAAGAGAAGAUUUCGGAAAACUGCGAAAAAGAAGUACAUUGAAUCUCCUGAUGUGGAGAAGGAGGUGAAGAGAUUGCUAAGCACAGACGCUGAGGCUGUCAGCGUCCGGUGGGAAAUCAUAGCAGAGGAUGAGUCCAAGGAAGCAGAUCAGCACGGCUCUCUGGCCAACCUGGACUCCUCACCUGGCACCUCGGGACACAAGAUGGGUCACGGGUCCUCUGCCCAGCGUGACGAACUGAGGGAGAUCUUCAACGACAUCAGCAGCUCCAGUGAGGAUGAGGAGGACGAAGGGGACCGGCACGAGGACGAGGACCUGAAUAUCAUGGACACGGAGGAUGAUCUGGUCCGACAGCUCCAGGACAAACUCAACGAGUCGGAUUCUGCACAGCAUGAAAGCAACAGAAACAACCAGAUCGUCAUGGAGUAUCAGGUGCAGAUCAACAGCGUCAAGGCCAAGCUCCAGGAAACCCGCGCCCGCAAGAAACAGCAGGAGGAGCUCAUCAUGAAAGUGGAAAACCAGGCCCUCAAAAACCGCUUCCAAGCUCUGCUGGAUGAGAUUAUUCAGCAGGAGGAGCGGGAGAUGGAGCAGCUGGCCUCCCUGCAGGAGCAGCUGGACUCUCUGAUAGAGAAGUGACCACCAGGGGGCAGCCUCACGUCAUCUUCUGCCACGCAUUAACGCACGAGAAGAGGAGGAGGAAGAGGAGCCUUCAUCUCCAGGGAGGAGGGAGUCUUUAUUAGCUGACUUGCCGUGUCAUUCCUUUCAGUUUGUCAUUUUCAUACAUGACACAUACAGGAUAUUGAUUUCUGUAUUAAAAGUCAAUGUUUUUUAUUAAGUUGACAAAAUGUGUUGUUAGUUACUGUAUGAUUAAAGUAAUUGGUUGGUUUCAGAGGUGACUAUUAUGUCUGUUUUGCUGUCAGACAGUUUUUACCGCAGCUCGCCAUCUCUGUAUUUCAUUACCUGUUUGAAGAAUAAAUUACACUGAUACACAAGUGUC